UGUGUUCAAAUAUAUCGCCAUCAGCUUCUAUUAUCGUUGAAUUUUACUAUGGAGAUUGCGUUCGUUAUUUUAAGCAUUAUAUUAUUACUAAGUCCGCAUGUGAAUGCUAACCAAACAUGUAAGGAAAAGCGAUACAGCAUCGUCUGCUACUUGGCCAGCUGGUCCGUGUAUCGGGACGGAUUGGGAGCAUUCAACAUCACUGACAUAAUACCAUCGUAUUGUACGCAUCUCAUCUACAGUUUCGCCGGACUGAACUUGGACGGUGGGAUAGAUUCCCUAGAUUGGUACAACGAUAUCAACGUGAACAAGGGAUACAAUAGGAUUAUCGAACUCAAGGAGGAGAAUCCUUGUUUGAAAGUAUUGCUUGCCGUUGGUGGAUGGAAUGAAGGCUCGGAAAAAUACUCUUUGAUGGCGGAAUCGGAGGACACACGAAAUGCUUUCGCUGAUCAUGCGUUGAAAUUUAUUGUCCACUUUGGGUUCGAUGGUUUGGAUGUUGAUUGGGAGUAUCCUACGAUGCGAGGUGGUCUACCCGAUGACAAGAAUAACUUCAUCCUUCUUCUUGAAGCGUUACGUACGAAAUUUCAACGCCGAAAGAAGCUCCUCUCCAUUGCAAUAAGCGGGUCAACAUCAAUCAUGGAAGCAGCCUAUAACCUUACCGCCAUCUGUAACAUAUUGGAUUUUAUCAACCUCAUGGGUUAUGACUAUAGCCAGAAGAAUAAAUUAAGUAUAGACGCGCCCCUCUAUCCAGAAUCUACUGCAAACCCCGAUUCCGUAGAUAAUGCGGUUUCCUACAUCCGUAAAAGUGGAUGUCCGUUGGCGAAAGUGAAUCUUGGUAUUCCAACUAUGGCCAAAACGUAUACCCUUAAGCCUGCACACGUAGGGCGUUUGCUGCCGGGGGUUGAUGCGAAAGGGCCUGGUCGUCCGGGACCUUACACUAAAAUCAGUGGUGUUCUGGGGUACAAUGAACUGUGCAGUAUGAUCAAAGAGGAAAAAUGGAACACAAAGAUGCUCUGGAACAUUGGAGCUAAGAUUGCUACCCAAGGCGACCAAUGGGCGACUUUCGAUGAUGGAGAAACUGUUGCAGAGAAGGCAAAGUAUGUGAUUGGAAAAGGGCUGGGAGGGGUUAUGUUCUGGACAAUCGAUACGGAUGAUUUUCAUGGCGAUUGCCAUAAUAGGGUUUUCCCGAUGGUUUUAUCCGCUAACAGAGAGUUUCGUUAUACUGUUUAA